AUCAUCUUUCGCGGCUUUCGGGGAGGCAGAGAAGCGUAGUGCGUAUUAGUUUAUUCUUUGUUUAGGUUGUUAGAGCCGUUGAGUCUUAGACAAGUGGAAACCUGAAGAUGAAGUUUCUUCUAAUUCUGUUCUCCAUUGUGGCAGCUUGCCAUGCAAUUUCCUUCUUUAACCUGGUGUUCGAGGAAUGGGAAACAUUCAAGCUCGAACAUGGAAAGAAGUACAAAUCUGAAACAGAAGACAAGUUCCGCAUGAAAAUCUACAUGGAAAACAAACAUAAAAUUGCAAAACACAAUGCAGCAUUUGAACUAGGACAUAAGAAAUUCAAGCUUGCAAUGAACAAAUAUGGAGACAUGCUGCUUCAUGAGUUCACACAAACAAUGAAUGGCUUCAACCGGAUGCACAAGGGAGGACUUAAGCAACAGAUGGAUAUAGUGGGAGCAACUUUUAUCUCCCCUGCAAAUGUGAAAAUUCCGGAUUUUGUAGACUGGCGUGAGCAGGGUGCUGUUACGCCAGUCAAAGAUCAGGGGCAGUGCGGCUCAUGCUGGUCCUUCAGUGCUACCGGUUCUCUUGAAGGCCAACACUUCAGAAAGUCUGGCGUGCUGGUUUCUCUAAGCGAACAGAACCUAAUAGACUGCUCUGGAAAAUAUGGCAAUGAAGGUUGUAAUGGAGGUUUAAUGGACAACGCCUUCCAGUAUGUGCGAGACAACAGAGGAAUUGACACCGAGGUUUCUUAUCCAUAUGAAGCUGAGGAUGACAAAUGCAGAUAUAAUCCUAGUGCUUCUGGAGCAACUGACGUUGGUUUCACAGAUAUUGAAGAAGGCAAUGAAGACCAACUGAAAGAAGCUGUGGCUACCAUUGGGCCUGUUUCUGUUGCUAUUGAUGCAAGUCAUGAAUCAUUCCGGUUCUACAGGCGAGGUGUUUAUUAUGAGCCAGAGUGCAACAGCACAGCCCUUGACCAUGGUGUUCUUGUGGUUGGUUAUGGCACAGAUCAGACUACAGGUGAUGACUACUGGUUGGUUAAAAAUUCCUGGGGUACAAGUUGGGGUGAUGAAGGCUAUGUGAAGAUGGCCCGCAACCGUGACAACCACUGCGGUAUUGCUAGUCAAGCGAGCUAUCCAUUAGUUUGAUAACUGUAUCAAGGGACAAAAUUGUUGAAAUAUUGAGACAAGAAAAAGAGUGAGUUGUUUUUCAGUUUUGAAAUUUAGAGAGCUUUGGGAGGGGAGUUGUUGAAGUUUCAUAAUAUUGUAAUGGCUGCAGUUCACUUACUGUACUGUAAGGUCUCAUGUUCUGAGAAAAUUUUCUUUAAAAGAAAUCCCAAUUUUUACUACAAGUUUACUGGUAAGAAUAUUUUAUAACAAACCCUACUGGAGUAUUCAUACAGAUUUUUAAUUGCUGCAUUAUUACUUGCAGUUGAUCUUGCUUUUGAUAAAUUUCUUUCAUAUGUAUACUCUAGGUUGUUUUAGGACAGUUACAUGAUUUUGUAUGAUGAUACUGAGAGGUCAUUCCUUAUUUGACAGCUGAUUACUUUGAAUGUAUUAUUGUUUAUAAAUUCUGCAGAAUGUGACUUAAGGAAAACUUUUGAAUUAGUAAGGUUUAUUUUGGACUCUGUCUAUCAUCUGGUAUAUAUAAGACAAAAAACCACAACGUUGCGGAGACUGGAUCUG